AUGCAAAAACAUGAAGUAGAUAAUAUCAACAAGAUAUCGAAUGUAGUAGUCCUAAUUAUUAUCAAUCAUGUCGAUGAUAAUGUAGAUUUAGUGUGCGACCAAGAUGCCUUGAAAUCACCUCAACCUCAUCUGAAAAAACUAUCAAUAGUUUGCAAAAGGACUGCAACUCUGUCAUUCAUACCACCUAGUGAAAAGGAACUUGAAAUCACAUCCUUAAAAGAUAGAGUCUCUGGUUAUUUCUGUCUCUUUCAAAUACUCAAGGAUUUGGAUCAAACAAAUUACCAAAAUCAAAUGACCACUCUUCCCAUAACACUUCCAAGAAGUUUACAAGAGUUUAUAUGGAUUCCUACUAGUAUGGCUAGUGAGAAUCCUUCACCAUGUACCCCUACCCUCAAACAAAAAACAAUCAUUCCAGAAUCGGUCAUUGAAUUCAAGUACGUUUCAACUUUUAACAAGAAAACAAAGGUUCACUCUAUUGGUGUUGACAAUGGGUAUACAUUCCCAUUAACUCUUAAAAAACUGACAGUCCAAUUCAUUUAUCAAGAAGGAAAUCAUGAUCUUCGGAUAUUUCAAUUGAACAACCAAACAAAUGUUGAUCAUCUCACCCUAGUUGAAGGAGACUAUAGAGUGGGAUGGUUCAAUUUCCAAGUUGAUAAUCGUCGACUUGAUCGACAAAACAACAACGUAUUGAUUGUUGGUAAAUCACUCUAUGGUGGAAUCAUAAAUCAUUCAUCAACAAAUUGA